GAUUUCUCGUUAUUAUUAUUAUUAUUAUUAUUCCUCGGUGCAAAUAAUAAAAAAAGAAUAAGAGAGGUAGGGAAAUCGUGGAAACGGCCAGUUUCACAUUUACCGCGAAACUAUUAUUUAUACUUCGAUCGACGAAAACUUUGCUCGAUGAUUACGUGGGUCUCGCAUGAUUCACGUACGUUACGACUCCUUUUUUAAUCGAUAAAAAUCUGCAAAAAUUAUGCAAUAGCUCAUCAAAGUGAGUCUAAUCUGACCAUUGUUCCAUUCUCCAACUCUGCAUUUUUCCUCCUCGUCCUCGCGUUAUCUCGUUUUUUCCUUUUUCUUCCUCUUCUUCUUCUUUUUUUUUUCUUCUAUCUUUCGAAUUCGAACCAUGGCAAGAAUGCGAACGAUUCCGUUUCCCUCGAUCCAAACAUUCUACUCGUUCGGAGGAAGAAAAAAGAGAGAGAAAUAUUGCGAAACAAUAAUAAUCGUAACGAUGAUAUAUUUUUAGAAUCGUUACUCGAUAUGAUAGAUAGACGAGAAGAAAAUGAGAACGAAUCGCGAUUGAAAGGAAACAGAAAAAGACGCGCACGUUUUUGGCACGUAACCGUUAUACCUGAUGAGAAAAAGAAAAGGAAAGGAAAGGAAAGAUCGAUAAUUUCUGAAAAUUCUCUAGAAACCGGAAACAAGUAUCGCGUCAUCGUCACACAUCGUCCGGAACCUUGCCUUAAGCGUGACGCAAAUUCAUCGGCAUCCUGUCCACCUCCUCCUCCUCCUCCUCCUCCUCUGUCCGUUUCGCAUCGAUCGACCAAUGGGAUUCGCGCGUAGGGGGGAAAAAAAAAAUAAGAAGGGAAAAGAAAAAAGAAAGAGAGAGAGAGAGAGAGAGAGAGAGAAAAAAGAGAACGAUAGAAAAGAAAUAGCGCGCGAACCGCACCGCGUGGAUUAAACAGUGAUGACACGUGGAUUGUGACCGGCCGUAGGGACGAGGAAUGGUGGGAUUCCGGGAACGGAAGGGCGGCGGUGUGGAUGCCGGAGGAAAGUGAGAGGAAACGAAGAAACGAUGGCAGAAAACAGAACUUUGCUCUCCAACGGCCGUGAGUCAUCGUCGCGUGGCCGCCUCCACCUUCGACUUCAUUCAUCCUGGGCGAAAAAAAGUCAUCGUCGCUCGAGUGGCAUGGAGGAGCCACAGAAGCUGUUCCGUCUUCCCGGCACCAUCGAGGAGGAGGAGGAGAAGGAUAACGAGGACCGAAGGCGGCAACAGCUGCAGGAGAAUCCGAGCACGGCCGACUCUCCGUUGCUGGAGCAGAGGAACACGGGAACCUUGUCCAGCCUGCCCAGGUACGUGACCCUGGUCAGGGUCAGCACCCAGAGCAGCAGCAUCGGUGGUGGCGUCGGUCGCCAGGAUUCUACCAGUUUACAAAAAGAGAGAGAAGAAGAAGAAGAAGAAGAAGAAGAAGAGGGAAAUAUAUUCGUGCUCAGAGAAGGAUCGUCGACAGAUGGAUGUUUCGAGGAAGGGAGGGAUGAAAAUGGAAGGAGGAAGGGGCGAGGCGAGGGAGAAAAGCGUGGAUAUUACGACCGAUUAUUAAAAGCGUAUGAAAACAGGCCGAUGAAGGAAGCAUUACGCGUGACGUAAUCAGUCCAUUUUCUCGCAAAUGAAAAGAACAAACGUUAUUGUUAGUAGCUGAUAAGUGGAGACCGGUGGCCAGGUAUUGGCUCGUAUAAGACGUCCUACAUCAUUGCUCGUACAUCAGUAGAUACUCCACCAUCAAACUCGCCAGCUAUUCGUGCAACGCAACGUUACUUUUCUUUCGUUCGGCUCCCGCUUCUUUCGGUUUUUCUUUCGCGGGAUUCUCUCCAACGGGGAAGAGGAGCGAGGAAGAGGCGGAGAGAUGGAACGGAAUUUCAGAAUGGACGCACGAUAUCCGGGAAAGGAUUCGAUUUCUUGAAAAGAAAGGAAGAGAAGAAGUGAGACUUUAGAGAGAAAUCAAAUUGGACGAUCGAAGACAAAUUGGAUCGAUCGAGUGGGUUUGUAGGGGAAGUGAGAGUUUCGAUAGUGAAUUUCCUCCCAAGUUGUGUUCAUUUCGACAAAACGAGAUAAAAAAGAAGAGAGAAGGAGUCCACGAAGGAGCUAAGGAGAAAUUCUUUUUUUUUCAUUAAUUGUAUCGUUCGGAGAUAAGUGAAAGGUUUACGAGGAACGCGUAAUUAAACGAGAAGUAAUCGGUGUUUCUCCGCCGAUUUUUUUUCUUUCUUCAGAAUAUCGCUUCGACGAAUUUAUUUUGCAAUUAUUACACAUCGUGAGAAAGAUAUUAUUUACGACCGUCGUACAAGUUUUUGAAGGAGCGAGAAAAAAGAAAGAAGAAGAAGAAGAAAAUAAGAGAUUAUUCAGGUUAUCUGUCUGGGAAACGAAAAUUUAUUAAGAAUUUCCGUAUUUACGAAACUCGUACGCCGCGCGUGUAGAAAUUCUUUCGCGCGUCGAUAAAUUAAAUAAGUUGCCCGUUAUCUAUAUACGAAUCGCGCGAAAAACGUUAAGAUUGUGGUCUUGGAAAUGUUUGCACGAUGCACAGAGGAAAAAAGAAAAAAAAAUCCUUAAACCAGUGAUCCUUAUACCAGGCGAUAAGGAACGAGAGAUUGCGUCGAUAUCUCGUUCGAACGAUAUAUUCGAAAGGUAUUCAAGUUAGAAGGCUAGAAAAAUUUGUCGAGAGAAAAACUUUGCGAGCAUUUCUCGAGGAAGAGCAUGCGGAGUGUAUAGCGUUCAAAAUCAUCGAGGUGAGAUUAUUUUCUUCCUCCUGUAAAAAGUCGAGCGAAAAAAAGAAAGAAAAGAAGAAGAAGAAGAAGAAAUGAAUGGAAACGUUGCGAAAGAUCCAAUUUCGAAGUCGUCCUCGCCGGACAGGGAGGAGAAGGAAAAAUUGUUGACAUCGUUGACCCAACCCGCGCCUGUUAUAGUAAAACUGCAGAAGAGUACGAAUUCUUCUUUCAGAAGCAGGAGUCGGUACCGAGCAUGGCCAACGCGAAAGUUGCGCCGUCGAGCCGUGCUGAAGAACGGGGACUGCAACGUCCUCCAGUCCCGUAUCUCUCGGCGUUCCCUGCGCUUCCUGCGAGACAUCUUCACGACCCUGGUGGACACUCAAUGGCGAUGGAUGUUGCUCUGCUUCAGCCUGAGCUUCGUCCUCUCGUGGCUGGGCUUCGCCGUGAUCUGGUGGCUGAUCGCGUUCAGCCACGGCGACUUCGAGGAGCGCCACCUGCCCCCCUACCAGAUCGAGAACAACUGGACGCCGUGCGUGAACAACAUAUUCUCGUUCACGAGCUGCUUCCUGUUCAGCAUCGAGACCCAGCACACGAUCGGUUACGGGAGCCGCGGCACGACCGAGGAAUGCCCCGAGGCGAUCUUCGUCAUGUGCAUCCAGAGCAUCGUCGGGGUGAUGAUCCAGGCGUUCAUGGUGGGAAUAGUGUUCGCCAAGAUGAGCAGGCCGAAGCAGAGGACUCAAACGUUGCUGUUCUCGAGGAACGCGGUCAUCUGUCAGAGGGACGGUGAACUGUGCUUGAUGUUUCGGGUAGGCGACAUGAGGAAGAGUCACAUAAUCGGGGCCGCGAUCCGGGCUCAGUUGAUAAGGUCGAGGACGACGAAGGAGGGGGAGGUGUUGUCGCAGAAUCAACAGGAGUUGGCGGUGGGGACGGACGGGCAGAACGGGAACCUGUUCUUCAUAUGGCCGACAACGAUCGUCCACAGGAUAAACGAGGAGUCCCCGUUCUACAACAUGUCCGCGGAGGACAUGCUGACGGAAAGGUUCGAGAUCGUGGCCAUCCUCGAGGGGACGAUAGAGUCGACCGGGCAAACGACCCAGGCGAGAUCGAGCUACCUGCCCCAGGAGAUCCUGUGGGGUUACAGGUUCGAGCCGAUGGUCACGUACUCGAAGGAGAGGCAGGGCUACGAGGUGGAUUACUCGUUGUUCAACAGCACGACGCAGGUGGGCACCCCGCUGUGCUCGGGCAGGGAGCUGGCCGAAUUUUACAAGGCUCAGGAGGAGCUUCGUCACGGGAACGGUACGGUAAUAGUCGAUGAGGAUUUCUUGACGGAGUCCUGUCAAGAGAGCCAGUGCCAUUGCGGUCAUCGUGCGACGAGUCAUCAUCAUCACCAUCACCACCAUCAUCUGAACCAUCAUCCGAGUCAUCAUCUCAAUUACUUGGACAGCGGGAGAAGCGAGACGAGCGCCGACGAGGCGACGACCAGCUGUCGAAACGCUUACAGAGAUUCCGUCUAUCACGGUCCGCCUGUGGCGAUCCCUCACCGAAACGACAACCCCCACUUCAAGAUCCUCGAUUUGGAUCCGGACGGUAUCCAGGUGAUGGGCGAGAUCGAUCUGCAACACCUGCCCGACGCGGUGAACAAGGAGAUCCUGAAGAACAGCCGAGAGAUCAUCUUCGAAGAGCCGGAGACGUCGAGGGAGGGAAGUCCUUUGUUGCUGUUCAAAUCGUCCGCAAAUCGAAGAAGCUCGAAACAUCCCCUCCUCGACGAGGAGAGAAGAUCCUUGAACAGUUCGAAGAGAAGCCUCUGCCACAGGAAUAUCCUGCGAGGAUGUUUCGAGGAGGAAAAGAGAUCGUUGGACGGGUCGAGGAGGAAUUUGCACGGGUCCAGGAAGUAUCUGUUGAUACCCAUCGACGCGAGCAAAGUAGCGGACACUGGGACCAGAGAGAAUUUCGCGAAACGUCAGACGGGCGAGAGCAGGGAGUGUUUGAGCAACGGGGGUAGAAGGAUGAUGAAGGGGCAGUCGAAAGAGAUCGCGGCGGAGCCGGAAACGAGGAGAAGGCUGAACUCGAACGACGACAGAUUGAUGAUCGAGAUGGAGAAGUCGUCGAAAUGCCCCGCCCGGCACGAAACGAUGUUGAACGAUGAGGGGUGCGGCACGUCCCUCUCCUAUCCCAAUUUAUCCCCCCGCUCGAAGGACGGACAAGGAUCGCCCGUUCCACCCGCGUCGAACGCGUCCCCCGAGUCAGGAUUCUACGAGGCUUCCGCGCAAUGGAAUUCGAGCCCGGAAUACGGGAGGAAGCAGCUCGGGCUUGCUCCACCACCCCCGAACGGGUCGCCCGUGGUCGCGAGGAACAGAAGGAGCUACGAGAACGCGCAGCUGCAGGACGUGAACGAGGCUCUCGGGGUGUCCCGGCCCAACAGCGACAACAGCGACUCGUUGGACAGCGAGGCGUCGAGCAAGAAUCCAGCGAACGACGGUGACGCUCCUCCUCGUAGAUACGGCGAGAAGAAACAGCCGAUCUCUUACACGAGCGUGUGAAGAAUCGAAAUUUCCAAUUUCGCCGGUUGUGAUCGUGUUGCAAUCGCGAAAAGAAAACUUUCAGGGUUUUUUUUUUACGAGAGUAGAUAUAUUGAAGAUGGGGUUUGGUUCCAAAUCCUCGAUCAGUAUCGGAUUCGAAUUCAGUUGGAAAAUUGGAAAGAUGUUUUGUUAUUGGUUGUACAUACUGUCCAGUUUUUUCUCUCUCUCGGAUUCUUCUCUGAGAAAGAUUCUUUUUUUUCCUUUUUUUCUAACGAUUCGUUCGAUCGUGAUCGAGGAUUGGAAAAGUGUAAUAUUUACAACGAUAUAUCAAGACGCGUUAGUUAAUUUUUCCAAGCUAUGCUGUGUAAGCGAAUUUAUAUAAUAUGGAUUAAGUAAAUUAAGUAGAGGGUAACGCACAAUUAUUUUCUGAUUAGCUAUUUUACAUCGAUCGCGUGAAUGAUACAUUGAACCGCAGGUCGGUUCACCGCGAAGCUUCCAUAAUAACGUAUAAGGAUCGAAAUGAAAGAAUCGAUCGAAUCGUUUUCUUUCGUUUCCAAUUCUAAUUUUUAGUGAAGAAUUAAUAAUCCUUUAGAGGAGUGAAUGUAAUUGACAAUAAUUUAAAUGACAAGGCUUUCGAACAAGGCUUCGUUAGAGAGUUACUAUAUCCAUUCUAUGAGUGAAAUAUUUUCGUGAAAUAUUGGCAAACAAAAUUUGUACAAAUGACGACGGAAAAAAAAAAAAAAUUUCAAUUAAGUUUAAGCAUUUAAAGUCGGCAUACUCGUUAGAUUUAUAUAGAUAUACACACACAUACACACGUAUAUAUAUAUAUGUAUUAUAAAAUCGCGUAAGAGAGAAAAAGAAAUAUAUAUUUUUGCAAAUUUAAAAAAAAAAAAACGUACAAACGUAUGAAAUCAACGACUUGUCUCUGACUGAAGUCAUCGAUAAAUCGGUCUAACAUCGGUCCAUGCAUCCUUAUGAUCGAAAUCAAAUAACAAAUGUUUAUCAAUUUCGAUUCUCCUCUCGAGAUCCCCUCUGUAAAAAUCUCAACUUUAUCUAAACAGAUAAAGUUGGGAAAGAAAGACGGAGAAUCGAGGAUGAAGAAGAAGAAGAAAUUCGCGCCAAUCCGAAAAUUCUAAAUAUCUCGAAUUAGACGAAAAUAAGUAGUCCGACGUACAGCCACGAACAAAUAGAAAGAAGUGCCUUUACAUUACUUUCUACCUCGGAAGAGGAAGAAGGCGACCGUUGAGCUUUCACCGUCGAAGAAUAAAUAUAUAAUAGCGUCGUUAAUAUUUAUUGCCUCCAUUCUAUUAAACAAUAGCGCGUACGUGUACAAUAAAAAUAUACGUAUCUUACGAUAAAAGACACUCGGAUCGAUCGCGAAAAUGGAUCGGUUCGAGAGUUUCGCACAGCUACGUCCGUAGAUUCGAUCCGCGAUCCGAUUAUUUUACAGACCGUAUUCAGACACACUGGGCGGAGAAAUCUCGGCUCCGAGCUUUCUCCAGGGACAUGGAUACGCCUGCCAUCGUGACUUCUAGCGUAAAUUGUGAAAAUGUUAUUUGUGUGUAAUAAAGACAAUUUCUAAAUCUAAA